CAGAAACCAACAAUUAAUUUUAUAGACAAAAACACAUGGUAUAAUGUCUACAAUAAAAAAAAUUCUCCCAUAAUGGGAAGUAACGAUUUUUCUACAUUUCUAUAAUGUUUCUUGAAGAUUCACAGUAUACGUACAGGAAUAUGGCGAACUCAAUAAAAUAUAGAACAUCAAAACCGGAAAGAACAGAUAAGAAAACGAACUUGUUUCAGAAAUUUUAACUGGUGAUUUCAGCAUUUGAAGAGGACAAUAAUCGAAUAUGGUUCGUUAAAAAAGUUGAUUUAAAAUACAAUGAGAAUGCUCUUUCAAUGCCCUCAAUCUACCAUGAAAUUGUAGAAAGAAGUUGUCAGGUUUUCUUUGAAAUCAUGAUGAAAAUGAAGAAAAAUCAAGGAUAAUAUUCAAGCAUUUAAAAUCAAGUAACCUGCCAGAAUGACACCAAAGGGAUUAAUCGCAAGUGCUCUUUUACUCCUCUUCUGUUCUGCUUCUGUGGACAGUUUUUUUUUCGGUCCUUCGACGAGUGGAGGCCGUAAUUGGGACGUGUUCGUCUUCGUCCAGAACUGGCCCGAAUCGGUAUGCGACAAGUGGACCAAUCAGAGAGGUGGAAACACAUGUAACAAGUAUCCUAAGAACCAUUGGACAGUUCACGGAGCAUGGCCGACACAACUUGGAACGCGAGGUCCAAACGAUUGCGAUCCUUCGCGAAAGUUCAACUUAGCAGAAGUAGGAGGACUUGAGCGGGAUCUGGACGAAUGGUGGACACCGAUACAAGUUAAUGCCAGAAAGACGUACUUCUGGGAGCACGAGUGGGAGAAGCACGGUACCUGCGCACUGCCGGUAAUAGAGACGCAGUACCAGUACUUCAAGCAAGCACUCGACUGGGUGAGGCAGUACGAAAUGGGAGAGAUCUUCAGAACAUCUGGGAUAGUACCCGGUGGGGACUAUUCCUUCAACGAUAUAACAGAAGCCAUACGUAGAGUUAUAAAUAAGACUCCACAAGUAAUCUGUUAUUAUAACCGAAACAAGCCCUCCAUAAUACUGGAAGUGAGAAUUUGCUUCUCUCAAUCUCUUCAGCUGGUCGACUGCAACAACUACUCCAACUGUGAUCGAAACAAAAUGAUUCAUUAUCCGACACCAUCGGCAUAAAUACAAAAAUAAAUAUUUUAAUUUAA